ACAGUUAGGAUUAUGAACAGCAUUAUCAGUGGAAUAUGUUUAAUCUGAUCAACAUUGGUGUAGUGCCAUUGUAAAUUGCCGUACUGUUCGAACCCAAAUGCUUUUCAUUAAAUUACUGACGAAUCAAAUUGGGUUCGUUUCUCCAAAUCGUGGAAGAGCGUUUGAUUGGCCUGAAACACCAAACUCCCACCCCUCAUUCACCUGAGCUAAAGUUUGAGCUCCCUCAGAGAGAGAUCCAAACAGGGACGAACAUGGAGGAGCUGGCUAAAGAAAGCAUCAGCUUUUUAACAAGCCCCGCUCUGGACACAAACGGACCGAAGUUGGGCUCGUUAGCAGCGGUUUUCAUCAUGCUGAAGUCCGCGCUGGGUGCUGGGCUUCUCAUCUUUCCCUGGGCGUUUGAGAAAGCUGGAGGAAUUCACUCUGCUGUCAUUGUAGAAAUGAUUUCUCUUGUGUUCCUGAUCAGUGGACUUGUCAUCCUGGGCUAUUCGUCUUCAGUCAGUGGACAAAACACAUAUCAGGCUGUGGUCAGAGAUGUGUGCGGUCCUGCCAUAGGCAACCUCUGUGAGAUAUGCUAUGUCUUCAACCUCUUCUUCAUAUCUGUUGCUUUUCUGGUCAUAGUGGCCGACCAGCUUCAGAAAUUGUGUGUCUCUAUAUACGAGUUAAUCACAGGAUUGCCAGAAUCAGAGAUGCCGUACUACUGGUACACAGACCAGAGAUUUGCCCUGUUUCUUCUAUGUCUCUUCUUCAUUUUCCCUCUCUCUGUCCCGAAGGAGAUCAGCAUACAGAAGUAUACCAGUGUUCUAGGAACUUUUGCUGCCACGUAUCUCACUGUAGCCAUCAUUGUGAAAUACCACAUGAGGCCCGUCCAUGAGAUCAAUCUGUCUCCUCUUUACAGCAGUGGAGUAGGCUCAUGGGCUUCGAUGUUCAGCGUCAUCCCGACUAUUUGCUUUGGCUUUCAGUGCCAUGAGGCGUGCAUUGCUGUCUACAGUAGUAUGGAGAACAGGAAGUUGUCUCACUGGGUCUUCCUCUCUGUGGUGUCCAUGUUCAUCUGCCUCAUCAUCUACUCUCUCACUGGAGUCUUUGGCUAUCUGACGUUUGGGAAGAACGUAACUCCUGAUAUUCUGAUGUCGUACAGUGGGGGUGAUGUGGCCAUGAUCAUUGCCAGGCUGCUGUUUGGAAUCUCAAUCAUCACCAUCUACCCCAUCAUUGUCUUGCUUGGAAGAUCUGUGAUUCAGGAUCCGCUGCUGCGGCGACGACACAAACACACAGCAGUGACAGGGUCUUAUGAGAGCCGGACGCGUGUUGCCUUGACCACAGCCUGGGUCACAAUCACUCUUCUCAUCGCAGUGUUUGUUCCAGACAUUAGCAAAGUGAUCGGUGUUGUCGGAGGAGUCAGUGCUUUCUUCAUCUUUAUAUUUCCAGGACUUUGCCUAAUAUUUGUGGUGCAGUCAGAGUCAAUUUCUCUUACAAUGAGAUAUCUUCUGAUCACGUGGGGAAUGAUCACACUUUUCUGUGGUACCUAUAUUUUUGGCCAGAGCACUUCUGUUGCGAUCAUGGAACUCCUAAAUUAAAUUUAACACCAUGACUUUUGUUUGUAUGGUUUGGCAUAAUUUUAUACAUUGCAUGUAUGGAAUAAUUCCUUAAAAAUGGAGAUUGUUGUACAAAUGUACAAUCAGCUUUGUGUGAAAUACCUCAGACAAACAUGUCAUGUAAAUCUGAACUAUUUAUAUAUUGUCACGCAAUGUUCUGCAAUUUUAAUGGCAAAUUUCAUGUUGGGAUAGAUGUGAGCUUUACUAUAAUUACAGGGAUAGUUCAUCCAAAAAUGAAAAUUCUGUAAUUUACUCACCCUC